AUGUUCGGGCUCUUCCUCACCGCGACGGUGCUCACCUUCGUGAUGAUCUUCCUCUCUCCGCUCGCCACCUCCUCACGACCCCCGCAGUCGCUCUCCUCCGAUCCCUCCGUCAACGCCGCCUCCCCGACCCAUCGCCGCCGCACCUUCGUGCUCUUCCGCUCCCUGCCCUUCCUGCUCCUCACCUUCCUAACCGCCCUCUUCACCAUCGUUCCCUCCGUCGUCGCCACCGUCAUGUUCAUCAUCUUCAAAAACGUCUUCACCAACUCCGCCCAGGACUUGAAUAUCAACGCUGAGGUUGGCUCGCAGAUGAUGGCUUUCAUGUGGGUCGCGUCUGCUUUCAAUUUGUUGCCCUUCCUGUGGCAGCUGGGGUCGUCGUGUGCGGCGUGCUGCGGCGGCCGGAAGGCUAGGAAGGAGUUGAAGCGCGCGGGGAGUCCUGCGGCGGGUACGAAUACCGAUUCGAACGGUUCGGGGUCCUUGGAUCGCGAGAAGGUGAGGAGUCCGACGGAUUGA